AGCAAGUUGAGCGUUAUAAAGGCAGCGGGGCGGGUUGGCACACGCACGGUAGUUCUUUGCGCUGGUGGAGCACAGAGCAAUUAAUCAUCUUCAUUAAAGGGUCCAAACAUGCCUAAGUGUCCUAAGUGCAACAAGGAGGUCUACUUUGCGGAGAAGGUGUCGUCUCUGGGAAAAGACUGGCACAGACCCUGUCUCAGGUGCGAGAAGUGCGGCAAGACCCUGUCGUCGGGAUCGCACGCCGAGCAUGAUAACAAGCCCUACUGCCACAAGCCGUGCUACAGCGCACUCUUUGGACCCCAAGGAUUUGGACACGGUGGAACAGAGAGUCACAAAUAUUGAAGUUGUUUAAAAAAAAGUAAACUCACACCCUCCAUGUUGUAUUGGUGAUGGUUUGUCCCACAAUAAAGGCUUGUCAAUGUAUGACAAUAA